GCGUCUAACUUUGCUUUUUCUUGUUCUUGUUCUUUUUCUUUUUCUUUUUUUUUUCUCUUUUGGACUAUCAGUCUACCAUUCACUUGAUCCUGGGCAGAGCUUUUGCUUUGUAUGAUCAUAGAUCCUCUCCCGUUAUCAUAACCCGUGACAUGCUUUGCCAAUAGGUCUCCUUCUGUUGACCAUCUAACGUGACUUGAACCUACUGACUCCUUUGAUCCUGAAGGGCCGAUCACGUUCCUCAUCUCCAUCAUCCGCUCAGGCAUUGUCAGCAUCUACAUCGAGUCCAUAUCCGCCGUGGCUGUUCUAUUCAGUGUCCAUUCGCUUGUGCCACACUUUGCAACGCUCCCAACAAUGCGACCUUUUAUUGACGAUACAAAACGGCGGCGGGACCGUAGGCUCAGCGCAAGCAGGCAGUCUGUCUCAUCCAGCCGUAUCUUCGCCGGCGCUUUCCCCGAACGACUCAAAGACGACCACGAUGCUCAAGUGGACUUUUCUGCGCCUCCAGGUGCCAGCACAGCUCGCGACGGCCAUAUGCAAUAUAUGCAACAGUCCAUAUUCUCCAUGAUUGCCGCAGUAGGAUCUAGAUCAGACUUCCAUGCACGAUUUGACGAUUCAAGCGACAGUGACGGCGACCCUGAGGACCGCGUUCCGAAGGGGACUGAGGACGUCAUAUCAACUUCUGCUUCGCCCAACAAGAGCGUGCCCGAUAGUCGCCGGUCUCCCAAACCUGCAAGCCCAACGCAGGACAGAGGACGUCGUCCUCAGAGGGUCUUAUCCGAGAAUAAGCUCUUGCGGUCGUUUAUAUCAACCGCUAAGCGCGGCAAACAACGAGAGCCCACUAUACACUCAGAACCUCCUACAGAUGAUGAGACGUCCCGUGCUUCGACCCCUAGACGACCACGCAGUGCUACGCCGCGGGCGGCCCCUGUGCUUAGUCGCAUGGUCGAAGCACAAGCCGCCUUAGAUACGAAAGACGCUUCCGAAAGCUCCUCGGAACGCACAGAUGAAGAAAGCGACAAAGAGCACAAGCAGUCGUCGGGGACUCCACUCUCCAUUCGACUCAAAGAGAUGUUUGGAUUCGAGGCCCCGGAAAAGGUGGUUGUCGAGUAUGCAUGUUCAUUACUGCAGAGUAUGCUUCUACAAGGAUACUUGUAUGUCACAGAAGGCCACAUCUGUUUCUAUGCCUAUCUACCCAGAAAGUCAACCGUCAUUAUCAAGUCCGGGCACCUUUACAAACGGGGCAAGAAGAAUCCGAAAUACAAUCGCUACUGGUUCCUAUUGAAAGGUGAUGUGCUAUCAUACUAUGCAGACCCAUCGAAUCUAUACUUUCCCAGCGGUCAUGUUGAUCUUCGCUACGGGAUCUCUGCAUCCCUAGCGGAGCCGAAAGACAAAAGCCGAGAAACGCGGGACUUCCAGGUCACGACAGAUCAGCGAACCUACUACUUCAGAGCAGAUAGCUCUACGAAUGCCAAGGAAUGGGUCAAGGCUUUGCAAAAAGUCAUCUUCCGAACUCAUAACGAGGGCGAGAGUGUCAAGAUUUCCUUUCCAAUUGAAAGCAUCAUAGACAUAGAAGAAAGUCCGAUGGUCGACUUCGCCGAGACAUUCAAAAUCCGGACAAUCGAGAGCGAGGAAUCAUAUGCGAUUGAGGAGUACUAUUUCUCGUUUAUCGACUCGGGCCGAGAUGCUUUCAACUAUCUCAAGGGUCUAGUUGACAACUCUCCGAUGAAGCGAUCGCAGCAGACUUUAUCCCCUCAACCCAACAAUCUGGCACGCUCCCAACGCUCCCGAGUGGCGCAAAAUAGAUGGUCCAUCACCAGUGGUGCGAGUCAGCCUCGAGGCAUAGCAAACGCUAGCAUUCAACGACGGAGAAGUGCAAGCACAGGCCAGGUCGUAUUGGACCACGAUCCGCCGACCAUGUCUCCUUCGGCAAGGCAGCAGGAAUCGUCAAUGUCAUUUAGUAAUACCCUGGAGCAAACCACCGAAUCAUCCGCGCUCCUGCAGUCAAUGACAGACACCACGGAAUCGGCCAGCCAAAUCCUCAACAGAAGCGACGUCUUCCACUCCCCUACAAUACAAAGCCUGCGGAGAGGACCUUCCACAACUAACAGAAGUGCGCGGCGAUACUCAGAUGAGACAACCCGAUCAAUGCAUGCCUAUGCCAAUGAUAUUAGCGGACGUGCUCUUACCACGAGCGGCCCAGACGAAGAGACACACGGGUCUUCCCGAUUACCACCCCCCGCGCACCCUCUGAACGAAAUCGUGCGUGCGGGAACAUAUCCGUUGCAGCGCGCUGCGGGGUUUGCCGAGUAUCUGAAAACACGAUCGAAGCAAAUGAGCAAUAUUCUUGCAAGCGAAUCUAUGGGCUACAUAGAGAAAGUGUCCGGCAUGUGGGCCGGUGGCCGGAAGCACUACGGUGAAGCAGAAGGUAUACUUGCUGACGACCAGGCUGUCGACCCUGAGGACAAGGAAAGGGGUUGCAAGGAUGGUGAUCGGUUCCGUGCGCAUUUUGCGCUACCUCCAACCGAGAAACUACAAGCGACCUACUUUGCAUACUUACACCGAGUGCUACCACUGUACGGCAAGAUUUACAUUAGUCAGAAAAAGUUGUGCUUUCGCAGUCUUCUGCCGGGAACUCGCACCAAGAUGAUUCUUCCAUUGAAGGAUAUUGAGAAUGUGGACAAGGAAAAGGGAUUCCGGUUCGGCUACCAUGGGCUGGUUGUUGUGAUUCGGGGGCAUGAAGAGCUAUUUUUCGAGUUCAGUGCUGCUGAUCUUCGGGAUGACUGCGCCGUUACACUGCACCAGGGCCUCGAGGCUGUGAGAUUUCUGGCAGAGUCCAGGCUACUUGGGGAAGAAGAAGGAGAAGAGGAAAGAGGAGGAAAAGAUGAGUCCGAAGCAGCGAAGACGGAGCAUCGUAUGCUUCAGGAAGCAAGGCUCGACGCAUCUGCUCUGCAAAGCUCUCGUUCCGCGCUCCUUGAGUCUUCUGAAUUGCAUCCGAUCUUUGACGACCCGCGUGCUUCUAUCAUCAACUUCAAGCCCACAGAGUCCUUGCGAAUCACAUGUCUGACGAUUGGUUCACGCGGCGAUGUGCAGCCAUACAUUGCCUUGUGCAAAGGCCUCCUCGCUGAGGGUCAUCGACCUAGAAUUGCAACUCAUGCGGAGUUUGGGUCUUGGGUGAAGCAGCAUGGCAUCGACUUUGCGCCCGUCGAGGGUGACCCCGCGGAAUUGAUGCGCAUCUGUGUGGAGAAUGGAAUGUUCACAUAUUCCUUUCUCAAGGAGGCUUCGAUGAAGUUUCGUGGUUGGAUUGAUGAUUUGCUAUCGUCCGCUUGGCAGGCUUGCCAGGACAGUGACCUACUCAUCGAGUCGCCAAGCGCAAUGGCUGGUAUUCACAUCGCCGAGGCCCUGCGGAUUCCAUACUUCCGGGCCUUCACAAUGCCCUGGUCCAGAACACGAGCGUAUCCGCACGCAUUCGCUGUUCCUGAGCAUAAGAUGGGCGGGGCUUACAAUUACAUAACGUAUGUCAUGUUUGACAACGUCUUCUGGAAGGCCAUCGCAGGGCAAGUAAACCGAUGGAGAAAGAACGAACUGGGCCUGAAAGCAAGCGGACUUGAUAAGAUGCAACCCAACAAGGUUCCAUUCCUUUACAACUAUUCUCCUACGGUGGUACCUCCACCAUUGGACUAUCCCGACUGGAUUCGGAUCACUGGGUACUGGUUCUUGAAUGAAGGUACGAACUGGACCCCACCGGCAGACUUGGUGGAAUUUAUUCAGCGUGCCCGCGACGAUGGCAAGAAGGUAGUAUAUAUUGGAUUCGGCUCCAUUGUUGUCUCCGAUCCAUCGGCCCUCACUCGGACGGUUGUUGAGUCUGUCCAGAAGGCGGACGUACGGUGUAUCUUGUCCAAGGGGUGGUCUGAUCGACUAGGCGAUCCUUCAAGUACCAGAUCAGAGAUUCCUCUGCCACCAGAAAUCUUCCAGAUUCAGGCUGCACCGCACGACUGGCUGUUCUCGCAGAUCGAUGCUGCAGCGCAUCAUGGUGGGGCGGGAACUACGGGGGCCAGUUUGCGAGCUGGUGUCCCUACCAUCAUCAAGCCCUUCUUCGGCGAUCAGUUCUUCUUCGGCACCCGAGUUGAAGACUUGGGGGUGGGCAUCUGUAUGAAGAGACUGAACGUGAGCGUGUUCUCAAGGGCCUUGUGGGAAGCCACCCAUAGCGAGCGAAUGAUUCUGAAGGCACGCGAAUUGGGCAAGCAGAUUCGGAGCGAGGAUGGGGUAGAUACCGCGAUCCAGGCCAUUUACCGUGACCUUGAGUAUGCGAAGACUCUGGCCCGACAGCGCUCGAUUGUUUCAUCCACGCCGUUCUCGCCGACCCCUGCAGCCAAGACCAUUGCAGAACAAGAAGCUGAUGACGAUGUGGCUGACAUUGAGGAAUGGACGUUUGUGGACGAUGACACUGAUGCCGACAUGGCGAAGCGAGUGCGCUAGUGAACAGUGUUUCAAUUUUGGUGACUGCGUGUGCAGGCUCCACGACUACUGAUGACUGAUGACUACAUAUUCCAUGGAUAAUCGAUUGUAAUGAUUUUUUUUCAGGUUUGCUGGUGGUAGGAAGCAGAAUUGCAUGCGCGGGCAGGGUAUGAUGUUUUGUUCUUUCCGACUGAUGAGUUAUGAUGCUGUGGAGGGUGAAUACUUCAUGAUACACUCUAAUUGCUAUUCCACGUUGCUGUGUAUGAGGCGCGCACCUUAUA